AUGGCGCAAGACCUCGGCUUCCAGAGAGACCCAAAGCACUGGAUCUCUCAUGAUUCUUCACUAGUUACGGAGGAAGACAUGGAGAUUCGCAGACGCAUAUUCUGGGGAUGUUACACGUCCGACAAACUCAUCAGCUUGAUUCUCGGGAGGCCGGUGUACCUCUUCUACGACGAUGCUGAGGUCGAAACGACCGAGAGACUUCCAGACUUUCCAGAAAUGGCGCCGUGGCUUCCCGCCGGCGUUGCCGCCUACGACGGCCGCUUCGCUGAUAUCAACCCACUACCGCUUGUGCCCUGCUUCAAGGAACAAAUCCGCCUUUCCAAGAUCAUUGAGAAGAUGUUGUCGAAGCUCUUCUCAACGAGAUCAAACUUGGAAGGUCUUGGGAGGCAGGCAUGUCUCGACAGCCUCAACUUUGAGCUGUGCAGCUGGUAUGAAGCCUUGCCAGAGUGCGCGAAAUGGAACAAGUGGGAACCUCCAAGCACUCCUUUGAUUCCGAGUGUAGCUGCACUCCAGUGA